AUGGGUCCACAUAAGACCUGUAAUAGCCACUUAAAAGACCUGGGUCCAAUGAACAUUGAAGAGUUAGAACCAAAGUCCAAAGGUUUUCAAAGACACGACCGCCGUCCCCAGCGCGGGGGAUGCCGGCGCCUGCUGCUCCGCUCUCCGGGCUGGCAGCGGGUGGAGAGCCCGAUCCCGGCCGCCACCAGCAGGAGCUGCGAGCCCAGCCCUGCCCUCCACCCGCGGGCUGCCGAAGGCCGCAGCGCGGGGCUCGGCCCUGCCCUGCCCCGCCGCGGUCCCCCCGCCGAUAACCGCGGCCCCCCCGGCGAUAACGGCGGCCCCCGCCUCCCCCCGGCUCUGCCCCCUCCCGCCCCGCGCCAUCUCGGCCCCGGCUCGGCAGCCGCUCUCCGGCCGCCCGUGCCCGCCCCGCGGCUCAACAUGGCUCGGCAGCCCGCGGGCUUUCUUCAGGAGGCCUCUCACCAAAUCGCCGCCGGAGGCUCGGCGGGUCUUGUAGAAAUUUGCCUGAUGCAUCCCCUUGAUGUAGUGAAAACAAGGUUCCAAAUUCAAAGAGGGAAAACUGAUCCGACCAGUUACAAGAGCCUGGGGGACUCUUUUAGGACUAUUUUCCAGAGAGAAGGAUUGCUUGGCUUCUACAAAGGAAUAUUCCCUCCUAUCUUAGCUGAGACACCCAAAAGGGCGGUGAAGUUUUUCACCUUUGAACAAUACAAGAAGCUACUAGCAUAUGCAUCAUUACCAUCAGGACUGGCAUUUGCAGUUGCUGGCUUGGGAUCUGGAUUAACAGAGGCAGUUGUGGUUAACCCCUUUGAAGUAGUAAAGGUUACCUUACAGACCAAUCGGAAUGCCUUCACAGAGCAACCAUCUAGCUUUGUUCAAGCUCGGCAGAUCAUUAAAACCAAUGGUUUGGGCCUCCAAGGACUCAACAAAGGUCUUACUGCAACACUGGGCCGUCAUGGAGUUUUUAACAUGGUUUACUUUGGAUUCUACUUCAACGUGAAAAACAUUCUUCCAGUCAAUAAAGAUCCAAAUUUGGAGUUUUUAAGGAAAUUUGGAAUUGGUCUAGUCUCAGGAACAAUAGCCUCAAUUAUUAACAUUCCUUUUGAUGUUGCAAAAAGUAGGAUUCAAGGACCACAGCCAGUUCCUGGAGAGAUCAAGUACAGAACCUGUUUUAAAACUAUGGCAACAGUCUAUAAAGAGGAAGGAUUUCUGGCUCUGUACAAAGGCUUGGUUCCCAAGAUCAUGAGGCUUGGUCCAGGUGGCGCAGUGAUGCUUUUGGUUUAUGAAUACGUUUAUGCAUGGCUUCAGGACACAAUUGACUCCAAGUAGUGCUUCUGAAAAAUGUACUCUUUAAAACUAUAUGCAUUCUAAAAUACAUUUUAAUAAAGUCAAAGUGAUUCUCAUUGUUAUAGUUUUGAAUGCCAUCAGGUUAUACUGAUGUUAUUACAGCUCAAAACAGAUUUGGUCUUCAGUUCUUGAUCCAAAAAAAUAUUUAAGCACAUGCUUUCCUGUAAUUGCAUAAGUAAAUAACAGAAUUGAUAUUUGUAAUUUCUUUUUCCGUAUCAAGAGAAAAUAUAAAGGAGACAUAGGAACAAGAUAAUUUUUCAAAGACAAACUUCUGGACCCUGAAUUGUGCUAUGUAGUCAAUAUAUUUUUUUUUUUUAAAUUACAGCUGGAACGGCAAAAUAAUGACUUUCAGAGUGUUUUGAAGAAGAAAACUGUAAUAAUCAGUUGGGACCAGAUACUAAACAGAGCAAAUUGACAGCUCCAUUUACUCCAGGUUACCAAAACCUAAAAACUUAUCCAAAUUCUAAAAACUCUUGUGUCGACUUUGGGUGCCAUUUCCAUUCAGCCCAGUAUGAUUUCAGCAGUGACAGAAGAGCUUCUUAAGUAGUUGGGAGUUGGGACAGAAAAAGAACAGUGGGAGUAGCUACAACCUUAGAAAGACUCACGCUGUUAAAUGUCCUGCCUAUUCAUAGCUGUAUAUAUAAUAUAAAGCUCACUUAGGUCACAGGAGAUACUAAACAUAAUUGGUAUGAAUAAAGUUACAUUCAGGUGUGAAGCAACUGUGGGAAUCAUAGAAGAAACGAGUAAACAAAUUAACAGAAAAAAAAUAUUUUAGGCGUGUAAGAUCUUACUGUGAAUUUUUGUCCACCUUCACUAUUGCUUAAGGAGAUGUCCUAUCAGAAGAACGCUCAGGGCACCUUGAUUACCCCUUUAGGCUGUUCUCACUACUGUGAGGUGGAGAAACAGUGUUCUAGACUGACGGAAUACAUGUGAUCUUAAUUAACUAGCCAUACACCUCAAAGCAAUGUGCCUUCUAUAGAUAAAAAUUAUUGCUGUACAGCUAAAAUUAUUGCUUUUCCCAGUCAAUGUAAAUAUAAACAAUAUUUCAGUGAUGUACUCCUAUCUUUAUUAGCCAUUCUAACCACCUCUGUGAAAUAUUUUUCUGUUAUGCUAACUGAAGAUAGUUUCAUUUCAUGCCACUUGACAGUUUCUUCUCUAGAACUCUUUAAGUAACUUAAAAUCAUGUAUUAUUCUGUCAUGAAAAUGUUCCCUUUAUAUAAAGGUUUGUUGUCAAAUGAAUGCAUAUCUUGCAAUUGCUGACAGUUUCUGUAUUACCCCAUACUGUAUUCACACUUCAAAUGCUCUUCCUCUUAUCGAGGUUCAAUCCUAAAGAAAUAUCUUUCCAGAUUGUUACUUUAAAAUGACAGUUCACAUGUAAA